AUGUCGUACUCAUGUUCGCAUGAUCUAUCAAUUGAAGAAAUACGACGUUACAGUCGACAAAUUUUGGUUGAGGAAAUAGGCGUAGUUGGUCAGCAAAAUCUUCGUGAUUCGUCAUUAUUGAUUGUUGGUGCAGGUGGUUUGGGAUGUCCAGUUGGUUUGUAUACUGCAGCAGCAGGCAGGUUACUUUUUGAACUGCUUAUAGGAAUUGGUCGUAUUGGUAUAGUGGACAAGGAUACGGUAUCUGAAGAUAACUUGCACCGUCAGAUUGCUCAUUGUGAAUCGAAAAUUAACACCCCGAAAGUUUAUUCAUUACGCGACACUUUAUUGAAGUCAUUCUUUUCUCUUCACUUUUACGUAAAUGAGUGUUUAAGGUUGAAUUCCAACGUAAGGAUUGAUGUUUAUAAUGUAAAUGUAACUAGCGAAAAUGUAUUGGAUAUCUUCAAGGAGUACGAUAUUAUAGCAGAUUGCACCGACAACGCACCAACACGGUAUCUGAUAAACGAUGCUUGUGUGAUGUUGAAUAAGCCAUUGGUAUGGGGCAGUGCACUUCGAUGGGAAGGUCAACUCACUGUUUAUAAUUACUCGAAGGAAUGUCCGUGCUACAGAUGUAUCUUCCCAAAACCGCCUCCUCGUGAAGCAUCGACGAAUUGUUCAGAAAGUGGAGUGAUCGGGCCAGUUGUUGGUGUUAUUGGUAAUAUGCAAGCUUUGGAAACGAUCAAGAUAGCUGCUCAAUUAAAACCAUCAUUCAGUGGUCGUUUAUUUAUAUUCGAUGGGUUGAGAGGUGACACUCGAAGUAUUAAACUGCGUCCACGAAGAGACGAUUGCGAUGUUUGUGGCAAAUCACCUUCGGUUACGCAGCUGAUUGACUACACUCGUUUUUGUGGAGGGUUGACUUGUGAUGAUAAGGUUUCAGUUUUUAAUUUGAUUUUAUGCGUAAUUUGUCGUCGUGGUAACGACUCGCAGUUGGCAGUUCAACGGUUACGUGAUAUAUUCAAGGAUGUUUGUUCGAGCGAUCAAAUUGUUGAUGUGAAAGGUGGUUAUCAAGAGUAUUCUCAACUCAUUGAUCAAGCAUUUCCAGUCUAUUGA